AUGGUAAACGGCAUUUUAACUGGGACUCUUUUGUCAUCUGAGGACACUGCUUUCCAGAUGGAUGUUUUGGCUCAAUGCAACAAUCUCCUUGUCAUCGGCGCGGUUCUGUGCAGCAUGUAUGCAGCUAGCUACAAUAGAUGCUUCGAGUAUUCUAAAAUGGCCACGACGAAUGAUAUUGAUGCUAAAGUUAAGAGAAGGAAAGGUAUGUUGAUAAUAUUAUUGCAAAGGUAUAGCAACCUCAGAAAUAAUUUUCCGAACGGGUCAGGAAGGAAAGACAUAAAGUCUAUUUGUGUAGCUGCUUCGUGCGCCUUUUUUGGUGCUCAGCUUUCUGAAAGUAAUAUCGAUACGGAUUUUAAAGCUGUAGAACACUGUAAAUUAUCUGUUAAGUCCCCCUACCAUCUCACUUAAUAUUAUGCACUGAUAAUAAAUGAUACAUCGUAACCAAUCACGACUGUAAAACUUUGUGAGGACUGAUCUGGCAUGGUUUAUUCAUCAACUGGAAGCUUGGAUUUCAUUGUGAUCUACUUUAUAUUCUAUGUCUUUAUGGUGUAUUGAUACCACUGUCUCUUUGAAAUUACCUACCCACCUGUCAAAUAACUCCCCCGUCUCCUUUAAGGCCCCUCCUCAAAUGGGUUUGAAAUAUAUAGGCCUCCUAGUCGGGGAUUAUACAGCAACUAUGGUCGCUGUUCUGUAAGGCAAACAUGACCUUAUAUCCUGAGAAAAAAAUGUUAAAUCAACAUGCAUGGUUGAAUAUCACUGAAGAGGACCAGUACGAUAUUCAGAAUAGAAAGGUGCAAGAUUACAUAUUUAUAUUGUUUGAGAAGGGGUUGGAAUUUUUUACUGUAGUGUACCUCAAAAGUUAUUGUAGUGAAACAACGUCAGUGCAGGAUUUUAUUUGUCAAAACAGUUUAAUAAUAUUACUGAUUUUCUUUCACGGGAAACACCAAGUGACCUAGCAAAACUGCUUGAGCAGCGCAUGAGCUUGGAUAGGCGUCGUUUGCAGGAGGGAUUCCUACUAUAUGUAAGCCUAGUAACUCUUCAGAAGUACAACCUAUGGGAACAAGUUCCAGCAAUUCCAUUUGAUAGAAAUGAGAUGGUGGAACUGGUAACUAGGGAGUUCAAUAUUGCAUUUAUCAAGAGAUGGGGAGGUGAGCAAUCUUGACAAAUAAUUCUGAUAGCUGGUUCAAAUUGUUUGUGUGUUUUUAAUAAUAGUUAAAAGCCAGGUACCAUUACUUUAUAGCUUAAAACACUAAAAUUUUAAUUUGUUUUAAUGUUAUUCAUAGAUCACAUUAAUUUUGUGAAACUGCUGGUUGUAAGACAAUGUUGGUGUGAGAUGGAAAUAUGAAGAAUGCCAGACAAGUAUGUAUGGUCAAAGAUGUUGCUGAACUGCCUUUUUCAUCAAUCAGUGGUAGUAUUGUUGUUGGUAAGUGUAUUUGACAAUAAUCAUUGAAGAGAUGGAAUUUUAUGUGUGAUGAUUGUAUAAGAACCACUAGUGAUUGAAUCACAGUGCCCAUUGAUUUAACAAUAAUUAUUUUCUCAACAACAGAGCCCUGAAGUACGUCAUUUUGUUUGAAUAAGAUGUAUUUCCCUGGGCUCAAUCCUAUGAAAAUUUAUAAUAAUGUAUGGAAUAGAAGAAAACAGCACAGGUACAGGUGUUAUUAAUAAUGGGUGUAAUAAAUGAAAAAUAUUCAUAUACUUCUUUAUUAAUGCUGUGCUGUUUGAAGGAUUUUUCAAAAUGCUGUGUUAUUUCAAUUUGAUUAAAAUAGGUUACAAUGUACCCCUCUUUGACAAUUAAAGGUGAAAAAAUGAUACAAGACUAUUGUGACAUAGUGUGUAGUACAAAACAUUUAGUAACAACAGGUCACUCAAAUCAAUAGAUAAUAGAAAAUGUUAAUGAUGUAAAUGUUAAGUUAAAAAUGGAAACAUAUGUAUGUUGCAUUUUAGAAUAUUUAAAUAUGCUUUAAAAUUAUUAGGUUGCCAGAACACAACAGCUAGAGGAUCUAGAUAUUGUUCACAGCAUUGUGCAACAGCAGUUACAUUCCGUGAUGACUCAGAUGAAAGCAACAAUCGCCAGAUGACUGAUAAUAGUGAUCAACCGGGUGCUUUAAUCACUAGAACUUUGAAUGAAAAGACCACAAGACAAGGGGUGUUAUACGAAAUAUACUUAUCUAUUAUAGACAUGCUGUGCGCAAACUCCCAUUAAAAGAUUGUGUUAAUAAUCUUUCCAAAGCUAAAUUAUUUAGAUAAAAAUUUGCAAGAUAUUAUUUAAUUUCCAUUUUCUAGUCAAUAUCUUUCUUUUAACCCUGGUUCAGGGUUGCCAUGGAUGGCAAAAACUCGGGGAAAAACGAAAAUUGUUCAAGGUCAGGGAAAAGGCAGGGAUUUUUUAAAAAGUCAGGUCAGGGAAAAUCUUUGAUAUUGUCAAAGUCAGUGAAAAGUCAGGGAAUUCUGUUUUCCUGUUUAUAAUUCAUAAGUUUUUUCAAGCCUUUGAAAUGCAUUUGCUUUUGGAAAAGAUGAAAAGUAGGUUGUAAAGCAAGCAAAGCGAUCAAUUUGACAUGCUACGCCUGGCACAUGUAGUAAUUGUGGAUUUGUUGUUUGCGUCGUGAACGCUUUCUUCCAAAUUCCUUCUUCCUCUGUCCACGAAAAGCGGAAAGAGGUUGAAAAUGAAGAGAAAAAUAUCGAUGGCCUACAAAAAAAUCUGAAGCAAAAGUAAACAUUGAUUUUUUCUCAUUAAUGAAUGGUCAGUGAAAAGUGUUUAAAGGUCAGUGAUAACCCUGUGGAUUAUUCAAGUGUGUGUUCCGAGGUAUCCAAAUUCAGUUGCAAUGAGCCCUGAUGGUUGGGCAGCUAUUUUGAUACAACAAGGAGGCACUGGAUCAGAUGCCAACCUAAUGGGGUCGUCCUGUUGCAAAGGCAGUUUAGAUCACAAGGAGGUUAAAAACAGUGAGAAUCAUGGAUUAUAAUCAAAUCACAAGGUUAAAAAUGUGCUUGAGAAAUACAGUGUAAGUAUGAUGUGGGAAUUGAUUUUCUGUGAGAAAAGUAUUUAUUGCAUGGCCAUAGUGAAAACAAAGAUGGGAACUGGUCUUAGAGGAAGUUCAGAGUUUUUGAAUAAAGAAAAAUUGUCAGGGUUUCAAGCUUUCAUCUUUAGUUUACAAUUACACUGAAGUAUUAAAAUGAUGCUGGAAACUGUUGACAUCAGACUUGAAUUUCUGCUAGACAGGAUACUGUGUUAAAUGAGUUCGCACUGUCGAAAAUUAAUAGCUGUACACAAAGGAAAAGUGCAGCUUCCUUUUAUGAAAUCAGUCAGCGCAGUUUUCAAUGAUCUGGCUGGUAGACGAUGUUGUGAGAAAUUUGAAGGCUCUUUUUGCUGCUGGAAUUUUAUUUGCAAAAGGAUGAGUCAAUUAGAUGUAAGGAAACUGUUUCACAAACAUACUAUAGCAGUUUAGCUGGGGAUUGACGAACUUUGCACAAAUUCAAAAGAAAGUUGAAGUUGAAAGUUGAACAUGAAACGUGGAAAAAAGUCCUUGUAAUCAAUGUGGUCAGUACUAUAACCCUUGAGGUAAAAUAGCACCAGGUGUGUUUUUUUAGAUGGUGAAAAAAUUGAGCUUUAAACACUGAUGAAUAAUGAUCCUUAUUGUCCUGAGGGUUAUCUGAUUGUAUGUCUCAGUGAGAGUUAGAAUGGACAAAAGCACUUUUGGUCUGUUGUAACUCAAACCUGUUGCAGGAUGCUAGUUCACUUUGUGAAAACGUCAAGAAUCAGUUGUGCAGGUAUAUUGUAAAUUGUGGCUAAAUAUUUUCUCAAUAUGUUUCAUUCAUCAAUAGGUCUUAUGGGCAGAUGGUCGCCAAAGUUGGGUGAAUAAUUGUAAUCUACCCUUCAAAAUAAAAGAUUCCUUAAAAAUUGGUGAUAGGUAUCACCAACAGCCAGUAUGUAUUGAUGAAUUUGGGCAGCAACGCACAGAACUGAAGGAGUGUUCUAUAGCAUCAAUUAGUGACUCGUGGGUUGGAGUGAAAACAUAAGACAUGAUUUGUGUUUCGUAAAUUGCUUCUGCUAUAAUAACUUGCCAGGUUUAACUGAUUUCACGCCUAUCACUAAAUUUGUAUUCAACUGUUGUGUUUGAAACAAAACAUUUCAAAGAAACAACACGUGUGCAGCAUUGAAAGUCGUAUGUAGUGUGCUGUAGGUUAAGUGGAAACCUUAGCUUUAAAAAACAGAUGUAAAGUUAUUGCCAUUUUUAUUAUUUUUUGUCUAAUGUUGGAAUUAUUAAUACUUUGUGAUAGAACUGGAUUUGCUGUAGAAAAUGAAAGAAGUGAAAAGGACAUUCUCCUACAGGUGGAACGGAGAAAGGCAAACACAAGUGCAAAAACCAUAGAACAGCAGGUACGUGAAGAAAGCACCUUGAUAGCUGAAGCUAUACAACAUUAUGAAUAGAGAGGUGUAAUUAUAACUGUAAAUCGAUAGUGGUAUAAAUAAAAUUAUUAUGCAAAGUAAUUAUUUGAAAUAGUCAAACAAACUUUAUUUGUUACAGGUAUCCUUGCCAUCGCCUGUUGUUGUUUAUAUAAAAGAAUUAUAUGGGUCAGAGAGCAAGAGCCAAGUGUGUAUGCACAUCUGCAUGAAAUGCUGUCCAAGGAUGAGAUGACUGCCAUUGGUAGACAUACAUAUAUCUUUUAUCAAAGUUUGUUUAGAUCAGCAUAGUUAACAUUAUUACAGGUGAAUGUUAUAGAAGAACUUGACUAAAAUGCUUCUUGAAUGUUAACAUUCAUUUCUGUGUCAACAGUGCUAAGAAAAUCAGUUGCUUCGGAAAAUUUAGGUUUAAAUCAUUCAGUUUGUUGGUUUGUUGUGUAUCCUUGGUUGGUUUUAAAUAAUAUUAACAUUAUCAAGUAAUUUGUUGUCGGCAAGCAUUGUUAAGAAUUUAAAAGGUUCUGGGUGUGUCAUUGUGAUUAAUCUUUCUUGUUUGUCAUUUUUUAAAACAGAUACUAUUAUAAACGAUGACGCAUGCCAUCUGAAAAGGUAUGGAAGCAAUCAAGUGAGAAGUCACUUGACUCCAACAGCUGAAAGAAUGUCUCAUACGAAAAUGGGCAUUGACAAGUGGUAUAAAGUACACUGUAAUCCAUAUGACAGUGAAGAGCUUAAGGUA